AAAAUAAAUACUUUUCAGUCAUAGAAAUGAAAAUAAAAAAAAUAAAAAAACGUACAUGUUUUUAUAUAAAAAUUAAUUGUUUUUAUUAAUUGAAAAAUCAAUAAUUAAUUCGGUCAAGUUUCAUCUGCUGUUAGUGCUCAAUGCCCAAGAUCAUAAAAAAUUCAUAAAAAAUAUUCUUUGAUUGUCUUUAAAUUGUAAAUAAAGGAAAUUUUCGCAAUCAUAUGCAGAUAUAAAACACAAAAAUGUAAGAAUGGACUAUGUGUACUUUUAAAAUAAACCAAAAUUUUUAAUUUUUAAAUUUUUUAAAAAUAAAAUUAAAAUCCCGCAUUAUGGAAAAAAAUUCUAUUAGCAAAAGGAUCGAUAACAAACACGACAAAACUAAUAAAAUACCUCAAUCGGACUAUAAAAAUGAUGAAAGAAGUACUGAGAAAGCACACAAACAUGUAGAAGUGUAUAAAGAAGAAUCGGGUAAAAGUGUUAAACUAGAAAAUUUAUUCAAGGAAAGAAGUGAUAAUAUCCCAUAUACAGAAAAUCUAAAAAAACCUUCAAGAAGUUUGAAAUUAAAACAACGAAAACUUAUUCGCACACCUGAUAUAUUUAUUACUGACAAAAUUUUCGAAACCAAAAGCAAUUCAAUGUUAUUACUUACGACUCAAACGUUACCACAAUCUACGAUGUCAUCAUCAUUUUCACAGCACAUGGCAAUAGCUAGUGAUAUAUCAUUAACAAACUUUAAAAAAAAUUAUGUCGAAAAAGCACAAACUGAAGAACUAUUGACAUCAAAAAAUAACACAAAUGAUUUAAUAUUUGAUUACUCUUACGACAAAAGCACAACGACAUCUACAACAAAACCUACAGUACCUUUAAAAACACAAAUUACGUCAAAGGCAUUAGAUGGAAAAAGUUUUACAAGUAAUCAAGUAAAUUCAACAUUAAGUGAUUCAGUAAAUCGAAUAACCCCAAUAGUAAAAUGUAGCAAUGUUUUGUUAAAUGUAGAUAACAAUCAAAGUGAUACCGUCAGUGCAUUUUCUGAAGCCACCAGCAAUAUUAGCAGUAGUGAUUUAGGUAGUGGUAAUUUCAAUAGUAUAACGGGAACCAUAAGUACUGGAACUUACUAUAGUGAUGAUCAUGAAUUUUCCAUUUUAAGUAAUUUGAACAUAGACAGUGAGAUAAGUGAUAUUACAAUUCAUAGUAGUAGUCAAAAUGGACAUCAGCAACCACAAUAUUAUCAACAGCAGCCAUCACAUUCAAUACAUCACGAAUUGGUCAGCACGUCGACCGCGCAAUAUAAUAAUUCCCAAAAACAACUCGUUACAAUUACAUCAUCGCAAAAUGCAGAAACAAAUGCAGCUGCUAAAGAUAAAUCUGGCUUUGUUUACAAUAAUGACGAUAAUAGUUCGCCGAUGCAUUUAGCGGACUAUGAUGAUCCUUUAGGUAGUGAUUUAAGCACAUCUGCCAGUACAAAAGUAACGUCAACAAAUACCAGUUUUAGUGGUGAAAGUUUUACAGGUGGCAGUAUCGAGGCUCCUUCAUCUCCUGUCCAACGAUAUCAAAAUUUUGUAUUUAAAUCCAAUGAUUCCAUUAAAAGUUUUGAAACACAAACAUCACCCCAACUACCAAUUCCGCCACCGGUACCCCGAAGAUCAUUUCAAAUGCAAUUUGAGAAAGUAAAAAGUUUUGAAACUACAGUACCCAGUCCAAUUGCACAGUGUACUACUCCAUUGAAUUUGCCAAGAAAUCAAUCACCAGAUAAAAAUUUACCAGCGCAUGGGAAUAUAUGUCGAAAAACAUCUCCAAAUAAUCCAUUUCUGCCGGAAAUAUUUAAAAAUAGGUAUGCAACCGAUCGCGAACUAGAUGAGAAUGUUUUAUUUUCGAAUGCUUUUAAAGAAGGCUUCCAAAGUUCUGAAAAGUCAAACGUAGUUGAUGAUUCAAAGUUAAAUGAAAGCAGUACAUUCCCUAAUGUGUUAUCAACAUUGUUAACUCAUGAAAAUACAAUGUCUAAACUUACGGGUUCCCAGUCUUGUCACUGUAAGUUAGAAAAUAAUUUGAUAAGUUCCUCUAAUGAAUAUAAAACAAUGAUAACACUGUGCAACUCUCCUGUUGAAAAUAAAAAUUUGUAUGCAAAGGAAGCCAGCUAUAAUACUAAGAGCACUAAGAGUUAUAGUAAUAUGAGUACAAAAUUUUCACCUCAAAGCAAAUCCAAAAGAAAUUUAAACCCCUUUUCAAAACAUUGCCAUGAAUCUCUGCCAGUUUCGAAAAAUUUGAAUUUAAAAAGGGAAGAAUUUUUAAAAGCGACCAUGAGAAUUUGCUUAGUUGUGUCACCUCCAUCAGCCAAACUACAUGUGAAGUCGAAGAGCCUAAGUCAUUUAGAUACACUUACUUAUCAAGUUGAUAGCAAACCAGGCAACAUAAUUUCAACUGAUCAAUCUGUG